AUGUCUGUAACCAUUUCACCCUUACCGACAAUUAGAGAGCUUCUUAAAUUAUAUCAAGUUCACGCAUUGAAAAGAUUAUCUCAAAAUUUCCUAUUAAAUUUAAGAAUCACUGAUAGAAUUGUUAAAGCAGCUGGAAAAAUAAAAGAUGGAGAAGUUUGCGAAGUGGGACCAGGUCCAGGUGCCAUAACGAGAUCAAUACUAAUGAGAAAUCCUCAAAAAGUUGUAGUCAUUGAAAAAGAUCAAAGAUUCGAACCAAUGCUUGAGAAUUUGGAAACGAGUAGUUAUUGUGAUUUUAAAAUCAUUUAUGCCGACAUUAUGGAUUACGAUCUGAGUAAAUUAUUCGACGAAUCGUUAAAAAAAAAUUGGAAUGACGUCACACCAAAUAUUCACUUAAUAGGUAAUUUACCAUUUAAUGUAUCGACACCGUUAAUCGUAAGAUGGUUGAAUGACAUAUCACUGAGGAGAAACGCUUGGUCACUCGGAAGAGUCAAAAUGACUUUGACGUUUCAAGAAGAGGUUGCCGAAAGGAUAAUCGGGAUUCCGGGAAGUAAAAAUCGAUGUCGUUUGUCGGUCAUGUGUCAAAAUUGGUGCGACGUACAUUUAAAAUUCAAAAUACCCGGAACGGCUUUUCUUCCCAAGCCGAAAGUCGACGUCGGCGUCGUACAUUUCGAACCUUUGAUCGAACCUUUUAUUAAAAUGGAUUUUGAAAUCGUUGAAAAAGUUUUGAGAAUAAUGUUCAACUACCGACAGAAAUAUUGCAAUCGAGCCGUGGCAAAUUUAUUCCCGAAAGAAUUGUCGGAUAAAUUAUCCGUUGAAUUAUUUCAACGUUCGGAAUUAAAUCCGAAAUUAAGAUCCUAUCAAAUGACGAUGGACGAUUGGAACAGGCUUUGUCUCGCUUAUAAAUUCAUUUGCGACAGAGAUCCGAGAUUGUAUUCUUACGAUCAUAGGGGACCUAAAAAUUCGAGAGAAUUCAAUUGGAAAAAUUCCGAAGAGGAUAGAAAAAAAGAAAAGAUUCGGGGUCGGUGGAAACGGAAAUACACGACGAUGUCUUAG